AUCCUUGUUACAAUGAGGUUUCCCAGCGGCACCAUUGCAGGCAUUGGCCUCGCAGUGCUUCCGUGGAUUACAUCAGUUCUAGGCGCCUCAAGCCCCAUGUGUCCGCCUGCAAUCAAUUAUACCGCCGACUUCGACUACGUCGAGUGUCGUCAAGACAGCUACUACGGCCGCAUCCUUGGGAGAGAACGCAAAGCAAUCUUCCGUGAUACCAAUACACCUCAAUACUGUGCUGACUACUGUGGCCGAUCUGGUUAUCCAUGGGCAGGACCCGAUGGCGGAGCAGUGACCGGCAAUGCCAAUUGUUCGACUUACGCUUGUUCUGGAGAUCCGUCUCAGAAGUGCGGUGGUCAAUACUUCUUGCAGCUGUACAAGGUCAACAACCCACUUCCAGUGGAGAAGGUUGAUGGAGAUGUUAAGCGUCAACCUCUCUGUCACACAAGCCCUUUGUGCGAGCACACAGUCUGUAAUACAUCGCUGCCUGUAGCAGACAGAAUUGCAUCGCUUUUGUCAGACAUGACAUUAGAAGAAAAGACUGCCAACGUUGUCAAUGCUGCAGAUGGCGUGGGUCGUCUCGGUCUGCCAGGCUACGACUGGUGGAAUGAGGCUCUGCAUGGUCUUGCUCAAGCUCCUGUCCCAAUGGCUCGGCUUUCAGCUAUGCCACUUCCUUCCCCAUGGCCAUUACGACUGGCUCUGCUUUUGAUGAUCCUCUUAUCGGACAGAUUGCCGGCUGUGGAUUUGACUUUUGGACACCCANACAUCAACACCUUCCUUGAUCCUCGCUGGGGUCGUGGACAAGAGACGCCUAGUGAAGAUGCGUUCCAUACUCAGCAGUACACAAAGCAGUUGAUUCCUGGUCUACAGGGCGGUCUGGACCAUCCCGAAGAGAAACAGAUCAUUGCCACAUGCAAACAUUUCAACCUCUACUACGCUGAGUCUAACAGCGCAGUAUCUCUGAUCCUUUCUACANGAUACGGCGAGAACUACAAUGCUACCGUUCAGGACUUGGCCGAAUACUUCAACCCUCCGUUCAAAUCUUGCGUUCGAGAUGUUGCUGUUGGAUCUGUCAUGUGUGCAUACGUAANNACUGCCACCUAUGGUGUCCCUAGCUGUGCGAGCGAAUACUUCUUGCAAGACACUUUGCGUGAAGACUGGGGCUUCGACGAACCCUAUAAAUAUGUCGUCGCCGAUUGUGGUGCUGUAGAAUACAUACAUACCGUCCACAACUUCACCGAUACACCUGCUGAAGGCGCAGCUGUUGCUCUGAACGCUGGUACCGACCUGGACUGUGGUCUCACUUUCGAGACAUACUUGAACGUGUCGGUGAUCAACAACUACACUACAGAAGCACGCUUGAACCAGGCCUUGACUCGUCUGUACUCUGGACUUCACACUGUUGGAUACUUCGAUGGUCAAAACCGUUACGCAUCAUUGUCAUGGGGUGAUGUUGAUACCGAAGAUGCUCGAGCUCUUGCUUACAAAUCAGCUUGGGAAGGUAUGGUUCUGCUGAAGAACGAUGGUCUAUUGCCUCUUUCAGCAAGUUACCAGAAGGUAGCACUUGUUGGACCAUAUGCAAAUGCCUCCAGCCAAAUGCAGGGUAUCUAUGCGGGUCAAGCACCAUACAUCAUCACUCCUUUGCAAGCGGCAGAAGCCAACUGGGAUGACGUCCAAUAUGCUUUCGGAACCGGCGUUAAUGGGAGUAACACAACCUUCUUCUCGGCAGCACUAGAGACCGCAAGAUCAGCUGACCUCAUCAUCUAUAUGGGUGGAAUUGACAGCACUAUCGAGCAAGAGACCCAAGACCGCAAGUCCAUCGGAUGGCCUGGCAACCAACUUGAUCUCGUGCAACAAUUGAGCGAGCUUGGCAAGCCUCUGGCGAUUGUUCAGUUUGGCGGUGGUCAGAUUGAUGAUAGUGCGCUGCUUGCCAACGACAAAGUCAAUGCUCUUCUCUGGGCAGGUUAUCCGAGUCAGGAAGGUGGUAAUGCCGUUGUCGAUGUUCUGCUUGGUAGAAAAGCACCCGCUGGACGCUUGACCACGACUCAAUAUGCCGCCGACUACAUCAACGAAGUCAGCAUCUUCAACCCGGACCUACGUCCAAACGGAAGCUACCCCGGUCGCACCUACAAGUGGUUCACAGGCAAGCCAGUCUUACCUUUCGGAUUCGGACUCUUAUACACGAAAUUCGCUCUGUCGUGGUGUGGUAAACCUCUCAAGCAGUCUUACAACAUCAAGAGUCUGUUCAACAAGCGUCAACACCACGGCUCGAAGCCCACUCCUCUCGACACUCUGCGGUUUGUCACUCUGUCUAUAACCGUCUCAAACAUAGGCAGCCACACUUCCGACUUCUCUGCCCUCCUCUUUCUCUCAACUUCCAACGCCGGACCUGCCCCCUACCCUAACAAAUGGCUCGCCUCCUACGCUCGCGCCCAUGGCGUUGCCCCUGGAAAAUCUCAAACAGUCAAUUUGGACAUCUCCAUUGGUUCAUUGGCCCGAGCUGAUCAGAAUGGAGACUUGACUGUUUACCCUGGUAACUACAAGUUGGCGAUUGACAAUGACGAGCUUUUGACAGCAGAGUUUGAGCUUGUUGGUGAGCCGGUUAUUGUUGAUCGCUUGACUAGGCAGGGAGUUUAUGAGUAUACUGUUCCAGUGCACUACAAUGCUAGUGCUAAUCUGGUGUAA